AUUCUGUAUGCCACCCACUUAUCGAUUCUAGUCCACAUGCCAAGCGUCAAAUACUAUCCCAACACUCGAAACCUUACGUCGGACCAGCUACAAACCAAUGUGCUGAGCAUUUUGACAUACGCGGUAACGAAGAUCUUGUCUCUAGUAUUGCUUCACGUUGUGGUCAAAUGCAAGCUCGGCUUCUCGUUACUCUAUCAGCUCGCGUAUGUGUUGGAAACUGAGACGGAAGCGCUGCAAGGGCGGUUGUUUGUGUGGAUCAUUCUGUUGCUGCAGCUCCCGUUGGUUCACUUCGGUACGGGACUCAAUGUAGUUAAAUCAUGCGGGAUUUUUUGCAUCAUCUGA